AUGGCUAUAGAGUAUGCCCCACAGGCAUUUUCGGCUGGUUAUAUUGCCCUAUCAUACAUCAUUUCUUUCAUUGGAUCACUAUCUACAGUUGAAUUACUGCAAAGACGAACUUCGAGGAGGGGAAUGUACAAUUGGUAUCUCCUGGCAGGUUCAUCAUUGACCAUGGGGGGCGUGGCUAUCUGGGCAAUGCACUAUAUAGGAAAUUGUGCUAUUAUACUCUAUCCCGGUUUUGAUGAGCAGAAUAAACUACAGCUCAUCUACAGUCCUGGAUACACUACUGUGGGGAUGUUUGCGGGACUGAGCAUCUGCGGCAUGCAUUACCUUGGACAAGCCGGUAUUUACAACUACAAGCCUACUUACGUCCCAGGGCAUGUGGUUGGAUCUGUUGUGAUUGCAGUUGUGGCCACCACGAUCGCCUUAACUCUCUUCUUUAUAUUGCGGAAGAAUUUCACCAAUUCUUGGUAUAAAAGGGUCUUAUGUGCGAUUAUUCUCAGCGGAGCAGUGAGUGGGAUGCAUUGGACUGCGGCCCUUGGGACCGUAUAUCAAGUAAAUACAGAAGCCGGCAAUAGGUUUGGGCAUGACACUCGGCAUAUGACCGUGGUUAUUACAAUUGUGAUGUCUGUAGUCUCGUGUUUUCUCAUGCUAUUCUUUGCCAUUGGGGUCAAAAGGGCAAGAGCACAAAAAUACAAUCGUGCUCAAAAAAUUGUUCUUGCAUCGGCAACCUUUGACCCUCUGGGUCGGCUGAUGGUACUACCAGAUGGGAUACUUCCAACCAAGGAGAUUACCGAUGCUUUCCGUGAGAAGUCACUUGAAGAAGGUUUCGAUAAAUCGCACGCUAUAUUUCAAUGGAUCUAUCGAACAACAAGGCAUUGGAACUCCUUAAACGGCCUUCUCGAGGGGAUGAAAGCACAUGUCCAACAGUAUAAUUCUCAAACCCAUUCGACGGAUUAUGUCGAAGACUACGGCUUUAUCUUUCGGGAACAAUUCUGUGUUGCUGCCCAAGAUCUGGCCGAUGGUACUCAUCGGUCACUAGACAAGAUGGGGUUCCUCUAUGACGAGAUAAUCGUCACUGGAGGAACAUCCCUUGCCAAAAAGCAUACCGAUCUCGAAGCCAGUCAUGGGAAGGGAAAGUUUCUUUUCCUCGUGAACGAAGUCACCAAAUCGGAUGCUGUACGUCUAGCCGCACAUGGUUUCAGGUUCACCAGCCCCAGUAAUGUAGCGGAAAACAUCGCCAGAUCUAUGCAAGUCACUAAGGAAACCAUUACAACACACAUGAACACAAUGAAACACUGUGCUUCCGCAGAGUAUGAGCUUCAUCCAGGCGUCUAUAUCGGUUGCUUUGCGGUUCGAGCGAACGUAAAAGGUAGUUUUGACGUUCUAGUUCGUGCAAAUGCCCGUAACCAGCUACCCACCGUAAAGCUUCCAAUAACCACACUUGAACAGACCCAACUCCACUACUUACAAGAACAAGAAAACAAAACAGCUAUGCAAAUCAUUAGCGGUUCACAAGCGUUACGACGCCCUGAGUCAGGUGGAACACUUGAUGUCUCCCCAUUUGUCAUCAUGUUCCAUGAUGCUCUCCGAGAACUCAUUAACGAGAUCCAAGAUCCAUUCUUUGCCGAUGCUACACUUGUUCUUACUCCCAUCCCCAUACCGUACUUGGAUCUCAAUAAAAAUGAAACAGGCACUGCUCAUAUAAUAACUUUUAAGACUAUGGUGCCUAUCCACUCUCGAACAAUCACCAACAACACUGCAUUUGAGUUUGUAUCAUUGCCCUUUUUCUCCUUGCAGCAACGGUGUUACCCCUUCUCUCCGGAUCAUGCAAUCCACGCAAGACGGACACAUAGAGAAUUCUCAGCAAGGAUCGCCCAUGUUCCCAAAAUUUCCCAGCCAAUGCGCGCAAAGUUUGCCAACACGUUGACUCCGUGGCAAAAGGGGCCGACUAUUACAGCGACUACCCUUUCGAGCCGUGCAUCUUCAUCUUCAGAGAAGAAUUUGGUUCUUGAGUACCCAACAGGAAAUCCUUUUCUUAAUGGGGGAAUUAUGGUUUCUCAAUCAGUCUCUGUUGAGCACGAUGAAGCCAAGGGAGAGGGUAAUAUUGAGAUGCGCGCAAUGGGACCCAGUACUGCUGUGGUAAAAGAGGAAGAUAUUGAGCAACCUACUUGGGCGGAUACAUUAUUUAGGGAAGCAAUCGCCGCUGGAAAUGCAAGGAGGUCCUAG